CUGAACGGUGGUACCGGCGCGUCUGACUCGACCGACGUUACAUACCUGACGCCGUAUUUCUGGCUCGAGCAGCGCAUCAAGGAGGUCUUCCCCCUCUACCCGAUCGUCGACUAGGUCGCGCCAUCGACGCACGUCAUCGGGGACGCUGGAGAGGCUUCUCCUUAUUUUCUUGCUCACUCCAAUGCGCCUUCUUAUCCUUCCUUUACGCUCGAUUUAUUUAUCGGUUCGUUGUCGAUGCCAACGUGCUGUAUUUCUGAGGUUCGUCGCGUUUUUGGGCGAGUCUGUUGGCUCGUCAUUACGACAUCCUAUCCGGCGCGAUCUCUCGCGUAGAGGACGCGAACACGUCUGCUCCAGAGGGCAGAGACUCGAUAAGCAGAGAAAGCCGAGGUGUCUUCAAGUUAGGCUCCUUUGGCGUAAGAAAUUCUUUAAACGAGUCGGCAAUCGUUGAUAUCCAGAAUUUGCGAAAGCGUUCCUUCAGCACUUGGUCGUUCUCCAUCUGAUUUUCAGAUGCCAAUAGGAAGGAUGGAAUGAGA